UCUCAUUAGUUAUGUAUCCAGCUUUAUGCAGGCAUCUCCUUUGAGACUCCCAUCUUGGGCAUUCCCUUUCUUGGUAGUAAUAAUUUAAAGGUACUUCUUACAUCUGAUGGCAUCAUAGAUUGAAUAGAAGAAGUAUGUUUUGGAUCUUUUAGUUUCAGCAUGAUGAGAUCGUGUCACUUCUUUUUACAGCUGCAUCAUGUUUCAUUGAAAGUAUGUAUUACGAUUUUUUAUGUUGUCCCUCUUUUUUGCUACCACAAACAAGUCUGGCAAGAAGAAGAGGAAAAUCACCAAAGCUGAACGAUUAAAGCAGCUACAAGAGGAGGAGGAAAGACGGCAAAAAGAGGAAGAGGAAGCCCGUGUGAAAUAUGAAAAAGAAGAAAUGGAAAGGCUUGAAAUACAACGGAUUGAGAAAGAAAAAUGGCAUCAACUUGAAGCAAAAGAUCUAGAAAGGAGACAUGAAGAACUUGAAGAACUUUGUUUAUUAGAAGGGUGUUUUCCUGAAGCAGAAAAAUUGAAACGAGAUACAAGAUUGCUUUCUCAGUGGAAACACUACAUUCAAUGUGAUGGGAGUCCUGAUCCUUCAAUAUCCCCAGAAAUUAAUACUUUCAUUAGCUUGUGGAAAGAGGAAACAAAUGAGACACUUGAGGAAGUAAUUGCAAAAAGCAAACUAGUGCUAAAGUUAAUUGAUAAAUUGAAAUUAAUUUUACUGGAAACGCCACCAUAUGAUUUGGAAGAUAAAAAUAUAAAACAGUACCAAGGAUCAAUUCUAGAACUCCAGGAGCUCCUUCAUCUUAAGUUUAACAUAGCCACAGAAAUACUUCUCAGAGCUAGUACAUUAGCAGAUCUGGACAGUGGAAAUAUGGAAAAAGUCAUUCAAGAUGAAAAUGUUACUCUAUAUGUGUGGGCAAACCUCAAGAAGAAUCCAAGGUACAAAAGUGUCAGAUUCUCUGAAACACAAAUUGGAUUUGAAAUUCCAAGGAUUUUGGCAACAAGUGACAUUGCUCUCCGCCUCCUACAUACUCACUAUGACCAUGUCACACCACUGCGCCCUGUUCCAACAUCAUUACGAGAAUAUACUGCCACAGUCAAUCACUUGGUCAAGGAUGAAGUUAAGUAUGAAGAAACAGCAGUCGACAAAGAGCUCCAAGAAGAGGGUAAACAACAAGAAAAUGAGUCUAACUCUGUUGAUGAAGAACAAACAAAAUUUGAAGAACAAAGUGGUAGUGAAGUACAAACGAGUUUUGUCCAGGAAGAAUCUGAAGCCACAAAAUGUGAAGUGGAGAUGAAAUUAUUAAGUGAAACAGUCUUAUCAGCACAGUUUUUGCUGAUAAAGAAUGCUAAUGAAAAGCCAUAUAUCUUUGAAGACAAUGAGGUUGAUUUAUGCCAAUUCACAACCCUCGGUGGAGUAUACCACUUGGAUAUUUUGGAGCUUCCCCCGCAGUGUAAACCAAUGAAAGGCUGGAUGAUUGUGGAAAUACUCAAAGAAGGAUUGCAGAAAUAUAUAUAUCCUCCAGAAACUACGGAAGACGUUGAAACAGAAAAUGCUUUCCCACCCAUAGAGGUGACACUUGAGGUUCAGGAGAAUGUAAUCUUGUUUGAGGACCCUAUGGUUGCAAGGUGGGAUGCUGAAGGUAAACAUUGGCAAACUGAUGGCAUCAGCAAUGUCUCUUACAAACCAGAAGACAGACUUGUAACAUUCAGCCUAGAAAUGCUUGGCCCUAUUACCUUGAUUCAGGAUGCUCAUAUUAACAUGCCAUUCCAGUCAUGGGAACUAACACCACUUGAUGUGGAUCAAGUACUUUUGACUGUGACUACAGUAUUUACUACGAUUCAAAUACAAAUUAAGGAAAACCUCUGCCUGUUAGCGUCAAUCACACUAAGUAACAAAAAGCAUUUCUCUAUUUUGGAAGGAAAAUGGAUGACUCCUAUUUCUUUCAUUUGUGCUUUGAAAGAAGCUGGAUUGAAUAUCUUCCCUAGUGAACACUCUCAUUUUUAUGUUGUUAUAAAUUAUAAGGAUCCUUUGAUAGAAAUGAAAGCUUAUCGGCAGCUGGCCCUGCUAAGUUCCGCUUUUGCAUUUGGUUGGAGCAAGUGGAAUAUAGUAUGUAGUUCAAAUAAAGUUAUAGUUAAGCUGAAGGAACACCUUAGUGAAAAACCUAUUCAGAAACCUAAUUGGACCCUUUUAAUGUUUAGUGGUGACAGAGCACAAAGGCUCAAGAUCAAUGAAAACAGUGAGACAUUCUCUGAAGCCCUUAAAGAAGAAACUGAGUUUCAUUCUACUUUAUAUCACAUGGUUAAGGAUUUUGCUUCCCAAAAAGCCAUGGAAAAAGUUAGGAGCUCCAGCUGCCAGCUGAUUGACUCUGUGUGCUAUAUGCUACUCUCGACCAGAGUGCUCAGCUAUUCUUAAUCCCCGCUGACAGAUUUUAUGCAGUAUGAAAAGUCAAGCAACCCAGAGCAAAAUCAGGCAUUUCUUCAAAAGCAAUGUAAUGAGUGACUGUAUUUCAAAAGGUUAUUAAAAUCUAAUAAGCAUUUUGUACUCAAAUUUUAUUUUUUAAAAAGUGGGGUUUUUUUCUUAUGAAUACUUGACCCACUGAAAAUGUUCACUUUUUACUCUAUUUGAAUAAAUUUUAACAAGCAAUAUGGAAUAUCUCCUCCUCAAAAAGCUCACUAAAAAUCAUAGGCAGGCUUCUUCCCCAUUGUAUUUUAGUCAGAGAGGAACUCACAGAAAGAAGGGAUGUUAAAUAUCUUGCAGUCCUUCUGAGACCCUGUGGUUCAAUGCUAUAAUUUCCCAGCUAAAAAUCACUAAUUUACAAAGUUCAGAUACUAAAACUUUAAAAAUCAAGACACAUACAUUAAGAUGUGCUAAGUCACACUGGUGGUGGUCCAUUGUGUUGGAGUCCGGUGAAUGGCCACAAGAUUUGCUCUAGAGACAUCCAGGAGUCCCCAUCUGGUAUGGGAGCAGCAUCCACAGACUUCUGGAAGAAUCGUCCAGUGAGGAAGCUCAUCAAAGCUGCAAACAGCACAAUGAAUGCAGCAGAAAGCCAGAGUGCCUUAUUCGCCUUUCUGAAGGAAGUCUUGAGGUUUGUUGCCCAGGCAGCUACUGUGUCAUAACUGUAAGGAAAAUACAAAUUCAGAAUUUGGCAAUGGCAACAUUUUGUUUUGCUAUUUGUACUGUUGGCUCCUUUUGCCAACAGUACCAGACAAGUCAUCACUCUGCCCUACCUAUCAAAAACACUGCCUGGCAAUAAGCUACGUAAUGUGCCUGCUGUCUUGGUUUGGCCCACAAUUUGCCCCACUUCCACCCCAAUAAUUUUUAGAAUUAGAGAAAUGACUUAAAGUUAAGAAAUGCUAUGGUGAUGAUCUGAAAAUUAGGUGACUCGGCCAUUAUUUAACUCCUAACAAGAACAUGUGAGUAUCUCAUUAUUUCAGUCAGGUAAGGCAACUAACAUUUUUGUGGAGCAUGGUAUGUGUGUAUAUACACAUGCCACUUAUUUCUCACCAUACCUGGGAUUUUUGCUAUAUUCAGGUGUAAACUAUUUUUAGUUUAAGAAAUGAGACACAAAAAAAAGCUUAUUAUAACAUCAUCUAUGUCUUAGCAUUUUGCAUGUUCUGCUGCUGUCAGCCCUAUCUUUUAGGUGAAGAAAUUGGUGCUUAAAAGUAGAUGAACUUGCUUUAGGCCAUCUGGCUCCAGAACCAAGUUCCUAAACCACCAGUUCAGGGAUAACUCCUGUAGACCAUGUGAAGUUUGUUUUUUUUCCUCUUAAAUUUAACAAUUUGAUAGGUCUUUUAGUACCUUGACUAAGAUUAAUACUGUUAACCCUGCCUCAUCUCUCCCCACUCCACAGAAAUAGGAUCAUUAGCAAGCAGACAACUUACAAUGAAGAGCCAUCCCAUUUUGACGGAUUAUUUCUCUUUUCAGAAAGACUUGGCUUUCUUGUCCUUUCUGCUAUUUCUUCUCCAGGUGGUUCUGAGUCAUCUUUAGUUCUAUAAAUAAGUAUUAAGUUUAAAUGUUUGAAAGUAUGGAUAAUAUACCAGAUUUAUAAAAAAUACUGCAAAUUUUAUUGUAUUACUAAAGCGGCUCUCAAGUAUUUGUUUUGCUUUAGAAAGAUUUGAUAUAUAAUUCUAAAAUCAAAUCACUAAAUUUUUAUUUCUAGGAAUUUAAUUUUAAAAACUUGCUAUAUCUAGAAAAAUGUGUUGUAGGAAGUUGGGAUAUUAGCCAAGGGGUGAGUAAAAAGGAGACAUUUACAAAGAACAUGUCGAAGUUCAUCAAUUAGCACCACUAAUAAUUAACCAGUAUUAUUAACCUGUGAUUUCUUUCUCUGCUUAUGUAUGUAACCAUACUUUAAAAAACAAAGGUGUAUAUUUCUUCCUCUGUUUUUCAUUAAACAUAUGGUAAAAUUUCUCUCCUUUUAUCACAUAAUACAUUAACAGUGGAUUUUAUGCUAAACUGGAGUAACGUCAUUGCUUCUUUAAAAAUCUUAAUUUUAAAAGUGUUUAUUCAGUGAGCUGGGAAAUAGAAAUUGGAUCAAAUAUAUUUUAAAUAAAAUCAUAUUGUCUAAAGAGUUGUUCCUUUAA